GUCCAUUCCUAAUUCAGACAUCCUUUCAUCACAAAAGUUUAUUUUCUGCUAGUUUGAUCUUUUGCCUCUUCUUCAAACAUCAAAGAAAUGGAGCUAUUCACCAAAGGAGAAGCCGUUAAGUUAAGGAGCCACCUGGAUAAGUUUCUAGUCGCCGACGACGAUCAAGAAACCAUCCGUCAAAGUCGUAAAGGAGAUGCACGGCGAGCCGUAUGGACGGUAGAGACUGUUGAGGCUAAACCGAAUCUGAUAAGGUUAAAAAGCAGUCACGGCACCUACUUAACGGCGAGCAAUAAACCGUUGCUGUUAGGUAUGACCGGUGAGAAAGUGACUCAAACGCACUCGUCUAACAAGCCUAUGGAUUGGCAAACGCAGUGGGAACCGGUGCGAGAUGGUUUCUCGGUGAAGCUGAAGUCUUGGUGCGGUAAAUGGAUGAGGGCUAACGGAGGAACACCGCCGUGGAGAAACUCCGUUACUCACGACGAGCCUCAUACAUCGAAGACCAAGAACUGGUUGGUUUGGGAUGUUAUUACAGUUGAUGGUUCUGAUCUUGAAAACAUGUCUGCUGGAGAUGAGAGCUCUGUUUCUUCUCCGGUUUCUUCACAUAUCUCCGGGUCGGAUCUCGGGUCAGAGCCUGCGUCGCCCGUUUCCGCCAGGUCAAUGAAGAGUAUUGAUCGGUUCGCUUCUCUUGGUUUGAGUUCAAUGUCUCCGAGAUGGUCCUCAAAACCGAAAGCGAGUAGCUUCAACCAAAAGGAGAAGACGAGUAGCUUAAACCAAAACGACACAGUCUCAGCAAUGGAGUUUUUCCAGAAAGCUAAAGCCAUUCGAAUGCGUAACAGCCACAACAAGUAUCUAUCCGCAGACGACGACGAAGAAACAGUGACACAAGACCGAAACGGAUCAAACAAAAACGCUCGAUGGACCGUCGAACCGGUUCGCGAUUCGUACCACGUGAUCCGUCUCAAAAGCUGUUACGGUAAAUACCUAACCGCUUCGAACGAGCGGUUCUUGCUCGGAGCUACCGGGAAGAAAGUGAUUCAGCUGAAACCGAGCCGUCUCGACUCGUCUGUUGAGUGGGAACCGGUGAGAGAAGGAUCCAAGAUUAAGCUCAGGACGAGAAACGGUAACUAUCUACGAGGCAACGGUGGUCUUCCGCCGUGGAGAAACUCCGUGACGCACGAUAAUCCUCAUUUGUCGGCUACUCAGGAUUCCAUCUCGUGGGAGGUUGAUGUUGUUGAGAUCUUGGUUAAUCCUCAAGUCACGGCGGAGACUGAGUUCACUCCGUCACCGAAGACGCAGCCUCCGCCGCAGAAGACGCAGCCACCACCGCAUAGGAGGCCAUCGAGGACUCAGUCUUCUCUUUCAGAGAGAUCCGAACAAGAUUCGGUUGUGUCUCCACCGAAAUCGGAUGGGAGAACGAUAUACUACCACAUCGCCGAUGAUGAGGGACACGUGGAGGAUGAAUCGAGCGUUGGAUAUGCAUUCACGUUUAAAGGGAACAGCGUGGCGGAGCUGACUCAGACGCUGCGAGAAGAAACGUGCAUGGAGGACGCUGUGGUGUGCACUCGCAGUCCCUUAAACGGCAAGCUGUUUCCCCUUCGUUUGCAACUUCCUCCUAACAAUGGAACACUGCAUGUCGUUUUGGUACCCUCCAGUGCUAGCCUCUAGACCAGUGAUUGUCUUCUUGUGUGGUGAGUGUUUGGUGGAGAGCAUUAUGAUAUGAACCUUAUACAAAAGUCUAUAAGACAAUAAGAUUGGUAGAUGGUACAAGACUCUUGGUAACGGAGAUAAAAGACGUCGCACUUGAGCAUUACUUGCUCUAUAGUAUGAGUUGAUAUAUGAAAAUGCAGUAAAUAGUUUUGAUAAUAGAAAACAAUGCUUAUACAUUCUUUUUGGUGAUAUAGACCAAGUUGCUCGUUUUUGUUGUUGUAAAUAAACGAUUUCAUUUUGUAAACGAGCAUUUGGAUUGUAUUUGUAGGAGCAUGCAUUCGACAUGAACGAGUAUUGUUUUGUUUGUCCUAAAUACAAUACAUCAUAGUUACUA